CGGCCCUACCGGCAUCUUUGACAAGCGGAACUGAUCUCCUAAUUCCAAAAGGACCCAGACCACGUAUUAACAUCGGGUGUAUCUGGGGCCCGGUUGCAUUCCCGCAUGCUUGACUGUCAGUGGCGACGCUUAGCCUGGCUGUCAAACUACCAAAACACAGCAGAGCAAAGCACGGCCCAUACAAGCGCAGAGCGACGGCCAGCUUGCGCGGCUUCACUAUGCAGAGGCCACAACACCCGUCUCCGGCGCUGAAUGGCGUCCUCAUCGGCCUCCUGUCGUCCUUUGGCUCGGUGAUCCUCAUCGCCCUCGUCUUCCUCGCCGCCUACUUCUUCAAAUACACACAGUCCGGCCGCAUCUUCCUAGACCGGAUCGGGCGGCCGGGCGAAUAUGACGACGAGCAGGCAUUCGCGCGGGAGGAGGCAGAGGCGCUGGAGUCGAUGGAUGACAUGGCAAAGACUGAGUACUUGAGGGCAAAAGCGUUUAUCACUGCCAAUCCUCCCGAGUCUCUUCAGACCGAUAUCUCACUAUCUCAGUACCUCGCCAUCCAAGAGAAGGGCGUCUCGGCGUGGGAAUUCGAGCCCGAGCUCGAGAUCGCCAACUGCUUCGUCGAGGCCCGGACCGAGAUCGAAUUCUUCGAUUCAGAAUGCACGGUAAUGAGCAACCUGCCCGUUCCGAAGCAGAACGAGGUCUACUAUUGGGAAGCGAAGAUCUUCGACAAGCCGGAGAACACCUUGAUCAGCAUAGGCAUGGCUACCAAGCCUUAUCCGCUGUUUAGGUUACCAGGCUUCCACAAGUAUUCCGUUGCAUAUCUUUCGUCUGGCUUCCGACGGUUCAACCAGCCGUUUACACCGACGUCCUAUGGUCCUCAGUUUGUCCAGGGUGAUGUAAUCGGCGUGGGCUAUCGACCACGUACGGGAGCUAUCUUCUUCACCCGUAACGGUAAGAAGUUGGAGGAUGUGGUCCACGGAUUGAAGUCGCACAACUUCUUCCCAGCUAUCGGCGCCAAUGGACCUUGCAUUGUGCAUGUCAACCUCGGUCAAGCUGGCUUCGUCUUCAUCGAAGCAAACGUCAAGAAAUGGGGCCUUGCGCCGGUAACAGGGUCCCUCGCGCCCCCGCCGCCAUACGGUUCAGAGCAGGGAAGCAUAUUGCUGGCGGCGGGCACCAAAGAUGGGUACACGGGUUCGUCAGCUCAAGGUCAUGGCCAUGGACAUAGUCAUGGGCAUAGUCACUCUGUGCACACCUACUCGAGGCAGAAUCAACACAACCUGAAUCCCGGCCACGUCAGGUCGGCAUCGGGCAACUACAGAGUCAUGCCACCAACAAGCCCGGGACCGGCUCGCAGUCCGACCGACAUCUCGCUAGCACAAUUGGUACCGCCGGAAGACGCUGGGGAGCCCAGCAGCAGCGCCCCUCACGCAGGACAACCCGACGAAGUCAUGCACCGGAAUGUUGGCCUAGGCCUUCAACAUCCAGAUCAUCCGCCUCCGCCCGAGUACACGAGCCCGGAACACUCCGACGCCGGAGGAGGUCGGCGGAGCAGUACCGAUAGCGAGAACAUGCCACUCAUACAUGUGGCAAGGAGCCGGGGGGCCUCGUCGGCGACGAUCCGAGCAAGCAACACAAGGAAUCCUGGACCGAAUAGCCCGCCCAUUCCGAGCUACAGCGAUGCGGUACGGCAAGGAGGGGGUAGGGACAGAAGCGAUAGCGCUCGGUCUAGCGGGCAAGGCUCGUCAGAAGACUAGCUUUCGAAUCUCGAGUGGUGAUACCCAAGGCGUAACCGAAGCAACGCGAUAAACCUUGCCCCCCCGGGCGAUCUACUUACACGAACUGUUGAUACUGGAACCAGUGUCUUUAAGGAGCGAAAAGGCACUGG